CCACGCAUACUCAUAUGAUUUCUGAUAGGGGAAGUGAGGAAAGGGCAUUAUUAACGGUAGAGCAAAAACACACAAAAAGAGCGAGAGAGAGAGAGAGAGAGAGAGAGACAAAGUUUUGUUGCUUGUCAGAUAAGGUUCAUUUCACUUUUACCUAUAGAGUGGUGACAGUGGCAUAUGCCUGGCAACAGAGUCAGUCACUAGCAUUCUGUUGAAAACGAUGGGCGCUGAAGUUAAAAAUACAAACACACCAUUGUCUCUGGAACGGUUUCACAUCUCUGAGGAUUAUGGGUUUAUUCUACCCGAGCCUCUGAGAGACCUGCCGGUGUACUACAAGCCCUGGAUGGACGUUGCCAGAAAUGUGCCAGAACUCAUCUCCUCCCAUUCUCUGCGCAUGAGAAUCCAUGAUAUGCCUCUGUUGGAGACUCAUUUGUUGCAGACACACCGUGAGCUGCGUUUGGCCCAUCUGGCUUUGAGCGUAAUGACUAUGGGUUACGUAUGGCAGGAGGGAGAGAGAGAUACUAUCAGAGUGCUUCCGGGGAAUCUGUCGGUGCCAUUCUGUGAGGUGUCUCAGAGACUUGGUCUGCCUCCUAUUCUCAUCCACGCUGACACAGUCCUCGCCAACUGGAAGAAAAGAGAUCCGGAUGGACCCUUUUCCAUGGAGAACUUGGAGUUGUUGUUGACAUUGCCCGGUGAAGAAAGUGUGAGAGGAUUUUUUCUGGUGACACUGCUGGUGGAGUUGGCAGCAGUUCCUGGCCUGAAGUCUAUCCUUGAUGUCAUCAACGGCGUCCAUUAUAAUGAUGUUGCUAUGGUCACCAAAGCUCUGAAUGUUAUCAGUCAGGCCGUAGACAGCAUGAAACAGGCCCUUAAACUAAUGCACGAAUAUGUAGAUCCCUCUAUAUUCUAUGGCAUCAUGAGGAUUUAUCUGUCUGGAUGGAAAGAUAACCCAUCAAUGCCAGAAGGUCUCGUGUAUGAAGGAGUUCAGGAGAAGCCAAUGGAGUUUUCUGGAGGCAGUGCCGCUCAGAGUAGUGUCUUACACUGCUUUGAUGAGCUUCUGGGAGUCCAGCAUGAAGGCAGCAGUGGGGCCUUCCUGAGAAGAAUGAGGGACUACAUGCCGCCCUCUCAUAAGCAGUUCAUUGAAAGCAUCUCUAGUCGCCCGUCUCUGCGCAGCUUUGUGCUCCAGCAAACAGAUGAGCGUCUCACACACACAUUUGAGCAGUGUGUGGCUCGCUUGGUGGACUUUCGUAAUUACCACAUCAACAUCGUCACCCGAUACAUCACUAUCCCGGCCUCCCGGGCCAAACAGCUCCGUGCCAACAAGCAGGGUUCGGACGAGGAGCUGGACGCGAUCAGAAGAGCUCCAACAGCGCUGGAGGAAAGAGGUACUGGAGGGUCGGGGAUCAUGACCUUUCUGAAGACGGUGCGAGACGAAACCAAAGACACUUCCACCUCAAAGUGUACUGAUGAAAAGCAAGUCUCGCCAGACCCAUCGAUGACGGAAAUAGAGAAGGCUGCAUCUGAGCUCCCAAUAGAAGGAUAAUAGCACCAAAGUAUUAUCUGCAAAGUAAAUGAUGCACUACGAUAAAAUUGUUUUUAUGGGUCAUAACAUAAUUUAGGGUGAGAUUGCACACAUAUACAGAAGUAGUUUCCAUUCACCGCAUAACACACAUACACAAACACCGACUUGAUUUACACUUACUUCAGCGAGGGCUUCAAUCAAACACUUUCUGCAAUAUGACCCCAUAAAGAGCUAAUGUUUUUGUCUUUGGUCAAACAAUCCAGAUAUUAAACACAUGAAUAAUGUAAGCACAAAUAUGACACUAUAUAAUAUAACUAUGUUGGUUGUUUCAUUGCUAAACCCUAACACAAAACUAAAGGCUUAUCAAAACACAAACUCCUGAGAUUAGAGUCUUAAUGUCUGUGUGUAUGCUUAUAAUGCUACAAGCAAUCCUGAUAUAAAGGGUUAUUCAAAGUUAAAUCCAAAUUUCAUUCAUUUGAAGUCAACAUAAAUUGUUUGUAACUAGUUUUACUUAACAUGCACUAUUUUCACCGGAUAUUCAAUAACAAGUUGAGAGUUUUUGAAAGUGUAUGUCUAAUAUGCGCUAUAAUUAAAUAGUUUAAUUAAUAAGAAAAUAAUAAUAGUAAUAAUAAUUAUUUAUUGAAAUGUAGUUGAAGCUUGGAUGAUAUUUGAGGCAAUAUUAUCUUAAUAACACACAUAAUAUAAUAUUACCUUCUUUGUAGUUGAACGGUUGAACUAAAAAUACUAAAAUUGAUAUUUAAAAUGUACCUUCAGGGGUACAACAGCUUUUAUUUGGCCGCCAAAAUGCCUCUUCAAAAGGCCCUACUGAAUGAAGGAUUUGAGGAAGGAGCUGAAGUGCUUGGAUUACAAAAGGUGUAUUUGAAGUGCGCUUCAUGAACGGCGAAGCAGUGAGACACAGAGAAGUCAAAUUAUCGAUUAUUGAAUAAAGAUGUGUUUUUAUCUUUGCAUACGAAAAGUAUUGUAUACACACACAAUCUUUCAUAUUGAACCAUGGAUGUUUUUCAUACUGGUAACUGUGUGACAGUAAAUGGGACAUUCUAAAAUAUCUUAAAUUGCGUUGUUGAAGACAAACAAAGCUUUUACUUUGAAACAGCAUGGGGGUAAGUAAUUAAUGACGAAAUUGUCAUUUAGGGUUUUUUUUUUUUUUCUCUCACCUUUUUUUAAGAGGUCACCCUUGUCCCUUUGGGGACUCUUUUUGUUUGUUACCAUAGCAAUUGAUCUGUUACCUUGUUAUCCCGUCUCCUUAGAAUAUUAAAAAUGAAUUAAAACCCAGACUAUAUUCUUUAGAAAGGUAGAAAUGUUAUGCAUAUUUAAGAUUGAGAACAUCUGUUUGUAAGUGGUUCAAACUGAAUCCGACCAAAAAAAGUUUAAUUUUGCAAAAGAUAUAAGACGUUCCGCUACUUGUGUGUGUAGAUAUGUGAACUGUGUGCAGUGUUUUCACAAAAUGAGUUUCAAAAGCUCCGUGUAAGCAUUUAAAAAAACUGUAACAAGAUUAUUAAUUAAUUUAUUUAUUAUUUUGUGAAUCUGGCUCCUGGAAAGUAGCGUGCGCGCACAGUUAAAUGUUUUUGACUAUAGGAUGCGGAAUGUUUGUCUUGUGGUAUCUGGUAGGAAUGCGUGAAUAUCAGCUCCACAAAGAAUGUAAAACUGUCUAAGGAUUAGGUCUGGUGAGUUUCUGUGGGAUCACCUCUGAACUUUUCAGUGAUUUCGAGGUGAUUUCAGUGAAAGAGGUGGUUGUUUUAACAAAAAGGUGCAGCACUUCUAAAUCAAACUAUUGGAAAUCAUGCAUGCAAGAAUGGUGUGAAAGUACGGUUUUUAUGUUUAAAAUAAAAAAAAGUUAGCAGAA